GGGAUCCCGGAGCAGCCGCCAUGGGCGAACCCGAGAAGUUCUGCUAUGUUUACAGCUGCGACCUGGACAUUAAUGUGCAACUCAAGAUAGGAAGUUUGGAGGGCAAAAGAGAGCAGAAGAGCUACAAGGCGGUUUUGGAAAAUCCGAUGCUGCGGUUCUCGGGGCUCUACCAGGAGACCUGUUCUGACUUGUACGUGACGUGCCAGGUGUUUGCAGAAGGAAAGCCCCUUGCUCUUCCCGUACGGACGUCCUACAAAGCCUUUAGCACCAGAUGGAAUUGGAAUGAAUGGUUAAAACUCCCCGUCAAGUAUCCAGACCUGCCCCGUAACGCCCAGGUGGCCCUGACAAUAUGGGAUGUCUACGGCCCCGGCAAAGCCGUCCCUGUUGGGGGAACGACAGUCUCACUCUUUGGGAAAUACGGGAUGUUCCGGCAAGGAAUGCACGAUUUGAAAGUCUGGCCCAAUGUGGAAGCGGACGGCUCAGAGCCCACCAAGACCCCCGGGAGGACGAGCAGUACCCUUUCGGAAGAUCAGAUGAGCCGCUUAGCCAAGGCCUCUGACAAGGAGCACUUGGAGGAACUCACCAAAUCUCACCGGCAAGGUCACAUGGUAAAAGUAGACUGGCUGGACAGACUGACCUUUCGAGAAAUCGAAAUGAUCAAUGAGAGCGAGAAGCGAAGUUCCAAUUUCAUGUAUUUGAUGAUUGAGUUUCGUUGCGCAAAAUAUGACGACAAAGAAUACGCAAUAGUGUAUUAUGAGAAGGAUGGUGAUGAGUCGUCUCCAUUUUUAACCAGCUCGGAGAUCGUGAAGGUUCCCGAUCCCCAGAUGUCUAUGGAAAACUUAGUAGAAAGCAAACACCACAAACUGGCUCGAAGCUUACGAAGUGGACCUUCUGAUCACGAUCUCAAGCCGAACGCUGCGACACGGGAUCAGCUAAAUAUCAUAUUGAGCUAUCCUCCAACUAAGCAGCUAACGUACGAAGAGCAGGAUCUCGUCUGGAAAUUCCGAUAUUAUCUCACUAAUCAAGAAAAGGCUUUGACAAAAUUCUUGAAAUGCGUCAACUGGCACCUCCCGCAAGAAGCCAAGCAGGCCCUGGAGCUUCUGGGCAAGUGGAAGCCGAUGGAUGUGGAAGACGGCUUGGAGCUCCUGUCCUCUCACUUUACCAACCCGACGGUGCGCCGUUACGCGGUCGCCAGGUUGCAGCAGGCCGACGAUGAGGAUCUGCUGAUGUACCUGCUGCAGCUCGUCCAGGCGCUGAAAUACGAGAACUUUGACGACAUCAAGAAUGGGUUGGAACCCACCAAGAAGGACAGCCAGGGUGCCCUGUCAGAGAGCAUGGCGACGUCAGGGACGACGGUGGCGGAAAUAGACAGUUCUCAGAUUAUCACCAGCCCGCUUCCCCUCGUGUCAUCCCCGCCUUCAACGUCAAAAGCCAAGGAGCCUGCAGAAAGUGAAAAUCUAGAGCAAGACCUGUGCACGUUCCUGAUAUCCCGAGCAUGCAAGAAUUCCACGCUGGCAAACUACUUAUAUUGGUACGUGAUUGUCGAAUGCGAGGAUCAAGAUACCCAGCAGAGAGACCCCAGGACUCACGAAAUGUACCUGAACGUCACGCGGAGGUUCAGCCAAGCUCUACUAAAGGGAGAUAAGUCCGUCAGGGUGAUGCGCUCCUCCCUGGCGGCUCAGCAGACGUUCGUGGAUCGACUGGUGCAUCUCAUGAAAGCGGUGCAGCGGGAAAGCGGGAAUCGGAAGAAAAAGAAUGAGCGGCUACAGGCGUUGCUGGCCGACAACGAAAAGAUGAACUUGGCGGACAUGGAGCUUAUUCCGCUACCUCUGGAGCCUCAGGUGAAGAUUAAAGGAAUCAUCCCAGAGAAAGCCACACUGUUCAAGAGCGCCCUCAUGCCAGCCCAGUUAUUCUUCAAGACGGAAGAUGGGGGCAAAUAUCCUGUCAUAUUUAAACACGGGGACGAUUUGCGGCAAGAUCAGCUCAUUCUCCAGAUAAUUUCGCUCAUGGACAAGCUCCUGCGCAAGGAGAAUCUGGAUUUGAAGCUGACCCCGUACAAGGUCUUGGCUACCAGCACGAAGCACGGUUUCAUGCAGUUUAUUCAGUCUGUGCCCGUUGCAGAAGUUCUUGCUACUGAGGAAAGCAUACAGAACUUCUUCAGAAAGCAUGCUCCAAGCGAAACGGGGCCCCAUGGGAUAAGCGCGGAGGUGAUGGACACGUAUGUCAAGAGCUGUGCCGGCUAUUGUGUGAUAACGUACAUCCUUGGCGUGGGAGACCGACAUUUGGAUAACCUUUUGCUCACCAAAACAGGCAAGCUUUUCCACAUUGACUUUGGCUACAUCUUGGGCCGGGAUCCAAAGCCACUUCCUCCGCCGAUGAAGCUGAAUAAGGAGAUGGUGGAAGGCAUGGGCGGGACACAGAGCGAGCAGUACCAGGAGUUCCGCAAACAGUGCUACACGGCAUUCCUUCACCUCCGCAGAUACUCCAACCUGAUUUUGAACUUGUUCUCCCUCAUGGUUGACGCCAACAUUCCAGACAUUGCUCUUGAACCGGACAAGACCGUCAAAAAGGUGCAAGACAAGUUCCGUCUGGACCUCUCCGAUGAAGAGGCAGUGCAUUACAUGCAGAGUCUAAUAGAUGAAAGUGUCCAUGCGCUCUUUGCAGCGGUGGUGGAGCAGAUCCACAAGUUCGCUCAGUAUUGGAGGAAGUGAACCUCAUCAGCUUCUG